UAUAGAGCACUUAGCUCGGCACCAACUACUUCGAUAGUCGCUUGUGCAGAACAUUACUCAUUGGCUCGCCUUACUAGCAGUCAUGGAAUUGACGCAAGCAUCCUAAAGUGCUUCUCAAUAGAUGAUUGGCCGUUUCUAUCCUUGUCGACCAAUCAUGGCGCUACAGGUGAUCUACACUUCACAACUGUUGCUAAGAGAGAAUGUCCACAAGGUGGCCACCAGGUGGAAGAUGACCGCUUGCGAAAAAUCCGGAAGCCAAUCAAUGCUCCCGCGAAGGAUGGAUGGGAAGCGACGGGCAUCCUCAUCUGCAACAGAAAGGCUGACCGGCCACCGAAGCCCACACUCAUCAACUCCCGGACUUUAUGCAAACAGCUUGCCAAGCGCCACAAAGGCUCCGACGUCAGCUACGAGACCAUGACAAUUACCCUGCUACCAGCUCUACCCGGUGUCAACAGCGUCUUUUUCGACCUCGAACCACGCGGCAUUGAUGAUAGCUGUGGCUCAAAGUACGGGGCUCUGCAACAAGCCAUAGCAUACCACGUCGCUAGACCAGGCCGAAUACUCCCAAGUCGCGGUGAAGGAAGACGUGUCUCAUUCGAUCAUCGUUCGACUGAGAUUCCAUGCCCGGUUCCGACGUUCCCCCAAGGGAGUUUUGUUCAAGCGUGA